UCCGAUCUACUUUUAGAUGCGACACUUUGCACGUCAAUAAGCAUGACCUGCCACAUGCUACCAGCCGAACGCCGGGCUACGUUUCAUUCUCUCGAGCGUCAGGCUUCAGCGCAGUUUUGUGGUUUACCGCUAUAAAGUAAACGCGCUUUCUCACUGAAAAGUAUAUUGGCCAUUGGCCCACAGCCGUCGUGUGAAUUAUAUCGCUAGCAAAUCACCUGCUAAUUGAUGUCCCCCAAAUCCAAAGACUUCAAUCUCAAGCCAAAGAUACUACAGGUGCCCCUGACGGCACCUGCGAGCUCAGCGGCUACUAUGAGCCCUGCCGUGCACUCACCUCUAACACUCAUCGAAUUUGUGACUACUGUUCCGACACCACUUGCUUCAGAGCUAGUUUCCCUUGCGCCAUAUAUUCAGGCCAUAAGGCAUUUCGCACAAAUUAUCAGCUGGGAGUCUUCAUGGGAGGAAAGCUGGCUUGCUCUUGCUACAUGGUGGGCCUUCUGCUUGCUCUCCGAACCGACCCUGAGGUUCUUCUUACCACUUGCAGUCACAUUUGUUCUCGCACUGAGACAUUGGACAUCAUCCAAUUACGCAUCUUCGGCGAUCUCACCGCCGGUAAUAACCGACAAUGCCCUUCACACUCUCAUAUCUGAUCUAACGACAAUUCGCGCCCUGCUUCCCUCAUCACCUCUUGUCGCAUCCCCCCUCCCUCCAACGUUUGUCGUUCUCCGAGUACUCGUAUUUAUCUAUCUGCCCUACCUUGCCCUCACAUCUUUCGUCGGUCUCCGUAUUUGCAUCGCAUCAUGUGGCACCCUGUUCAUGAUUCAUAGAGCGCACUGGGCUAGGCAUGCCCGAGCAUCCAUUACUCGCAGUGCACAUAUCCGAUGGGCAUUUUACUGGCUAUGUGCAUUUGUCUCUGGGGUGCCGCUCCGACCACCCGCAUCACCCUCUCCUUUGGAAGCUUCGAUUAAGAUACGUCCGGCAUCUGUAUUAGCGGAUGAUACACCCAAGCCUUCCGCUCCUCUCCGCUUUUUGUUUACAGUCUACGAGAAUCAGCGGUGGUGGAUGGGUCUUGAUUGGACAGCUGCGCUGCUUCCUAAUGAGCGCCCAUCAUGGUGUAGCUCCUCCCUUGUUCCAUUAUCCCCACCCUCAGUUUUUCCUCUUCCCUCCUCUACAACGGCAUACGUCGCUGUUGGCAAGAACGGUCGCGCAAAACGUGUAGCCCGCUGGACGUGGGAAGAACCUGAAUGGCGCGUUAUCGUACGCAAGGAAGGCCAGGAGGGCGUCUGGCGAGUGGAGAAGACACCUCCAAAGGAUAAAGAUGUACCUGAUGAAUCUACUGCAGCACGGAUGUUACGCGUCGCACGCGGCCGCGACAACCUGAAUGCAAGCUCCAGUGGUCCUCCCGAUUCACCCGAACGGAUUGAUGAACAACAUUCCAGCGAUCCGUUCCUCGAUUCCGCAUCUGAAGAUGAGGCUGUUACAGACCCUGAGGGUUGGCUUUACGGUGACAACAAAUGGGAGGGUGCGAGCUCGAAGGGCGGGAUGGGAAAAUACACGCGUUUUCGACGUUGGACUCGCAUUGCUGUGCUCACUGAGACUAUCGAGCUUGUGGGCCCAGGCGAGUUGGGCGUUGUGCGCGAUUCUAUGGAGACCAGCGGAUAUGGAACUGCCGCGAGCUCCAUUUUUGGCAGCACUGGUACCCCGUCUAUAAGUGCUAACUCGCCGACGUUGAGCUCAUUUUCAGAAUUAGAAAUGCAGAGUGCGAUGACAGCGCCAGAGUCGCAGAAGGAUGUGAAAGACGGAAAGGAUGGAAGUAGCACGAGGAAUAUGCUGAGACAGCGACUGAAGGCUGUUGUGGAAGGAACGACAAAUUGAUGAUAAUGACCUUUGUAAUAUUUUUGUUUUCGUAGGGAGUGUAAUUAACGAUCAGGCUCGGAAAUCAGAUCAACGGUUAUGACUUUACAUUGCAAACUUCAUUGAUGAUCGAUG